ACCGACUGCAACCACUUUAAGCAAUUGGUGAUAGUUUGUCUCAUAUGUACAAUAAAUUCUUUGCCUGCAAUGAUCCUACCAAUUUUGAUUUUUUCAUCUUUCGUUAUUCAAGGUUAUGCCGAAAAAUGCAUUUACCGGAGUUUUGGGGGAGACAGCGUAGUUUGUGUCUGCAAUUCCACCUACUGCGACUCCACACCUGUAACUGAUACACCAGAGAAAGGAACUUACCUCUGGUACAUGAGCAACCAAUUCGGCAAGAGAAUGUUCUUGACAAAGGGAAAGAUGAAAAGCAGCAGAGUUGAUGGUACCAUUAUAACUUUGAAUCGAAACAUUCGAUAUCAAAAGAUUUUAGGCUUUGGUGGCAGCUUCUCUGACGCAACUGGCAUAAAUAUAUUAAGUAUCAGCAAAGCUUCCCAGGAGAAAUUGCUCGAAUCCUAUUUUGGAAUCAAUGGCAGCAGAUACAAUAUUGGUCGCGUUCCCAUUGGAGGGUCCGAUUUUUCCACAAGACCCUACACUUUAGACGACGUCGACGAGGACACUGAUCUGCAAUAUUUCUCUCUUACCGAGGAAGAUUUUAAAUAUAAAAUACCAAUGAUAAAAUGGGCAAAAGCGUUAAAUCCAAAUCUACAACUUCUAGCAGUUGCUUGGACUGCUCCUGCAUGGAUGAAAUCCCUACAAAAAAAUGCAGGAUUCGGAAUCCUAGAACCGAAAUAUUAUCAAUCUUAUAGCGAAUACCUGCUAAAGUUUUUAAAGGCCUACAAAAAGCACGAUCUGAAUUUUUGGGGAAUUUCAAGCGGCAACGAACCUACAGCGUCUGUGAGUCCUUUGGGAAACAUACUACCGAACAUGGGUUGGAUUCCGAAUGAACUAGCAAACUGGAUAGCUUAUCACUUGGGCCCGACUUUAGCAUCAUCAAAUUGCAAUGAAACUCGGAUUCUGAUUCUUGAUGAUCAAAGGGCCAAUGUGCCUUGGUUCGUAGAUCAGACUUUUGGAAAUCAUAAUGCUAAGAAGUACGUGAGUGGAAUAGCAGUGCAUUACUAUAUGGAUAUUUUUGUUAGCCCAAAUGUUCUGGACCAAGCCCACGAGAAAUAUCCGGAUAAGUUCAUCCUUAUGUCAGAAGCUUGCAUGACACUUAAGGGUGCUGAUAUAUGCUUAGGAUGCUGGAGCAAGACGGAACUUUACAUCUUAGAAAUCUUUGAGAAUCUGAAUCACUGGGCAAUCGGUUGGGUGGAUUGGAAUUUGGCUCUUAACAAAAUAGGAGGACCGACUUACAUCAAAAACUACGUAAACGCUGCAAUCAUUGUCGAUGAAAAGAGGGAUGAAUUUUACAAACUUCCUCUUUAUUACGCCAUUCAUCACUUUAGCAGAUUUGUUUGUCCGGGAUCGGUUAGGAUCAACGUUUCUCUAACAAAUGUCCCUCUCUUCGAUGCGAUUACGGCAAUUGCUUUCGAAACGCCAUCCAAAGAGACUAUUGUUUUACUUUAUAACAAGAAUAAUGAAGGAUAUAAGGUGGCUAUCGAAGAUGGCGAAGAAGGAUUCAUCAACAUAAUAGUGCCACCAUAUUCUUUGAACACGAUUGUUUAUCGGAGAUAAACAUGACUUGUGCUUAAUGCUAACCCUUAAAGUGCAUUGUGAGUGUCUGACACCCCAAGAAAUUUUCAGACUCUUAUAAAACGUACUUAAUUCGAAAAAAUUGAGUAAGUUUUGCCAUCUAGCUUUAGUUGGAAACACCAUCUUGCGAUAUUUUUUAUGAAAGUACACUAUUUCAAAAGUAUAGCCAUAA